UCCCAGUCGCUCCGACCUCCUGAAUCCGACCAAACACCUGCUCCUCCUCCUGCGACUCAGCUCGGCUGCUCCACCUCAGGCCCGUCAGCUCGACCGUCAUCAGAGUUUACUGAAGAGCAACCACCAGCUCAAAGAGGAUGCAGCGUUUCAGGGAAGGUAUUCACAUACGCACCAUGAAGGCAAAGAGGAAAGUGGAGGAGAUCUCUAAAGAGGACAUCAAGGCUUUCCUCAAGAAGAACGCUUUCGUGCUCUUCACAGUUGCGGCAGUUGUUGUAGGUAUCAUCCUGGGAUUCGCCCUGCGCCCCUACAAGAUGACCUAUCGAGAAGUGAAGUACUUCUCCUUCCCUGGAGAGCUGCUGAUGAGAAUGCUUCAGAUGCUGGUUCUGCCCCUACUGGUCUCCAGUCUUAUUACAGGAAUGGCAGCUCUGGACAGCAAAGCCUCAGGGAAGAUGGGCAUGAGAGCCGUGAUCUACUACAUGACCACGACCUUCAUCGCAGUCUUCAUCGGGAUCUUAAUCGUCCUCAUCAUCCACCCUGGAAAAGGAUCGAAAGCGGAGUUUGGGAAGCAGCAAAAGAUCGAGCAAAUCAGUCCCGCUGAUGCCUUCUUAGAUCUGAUCAGGAAUAUGUUCCCACCAAACUUGGUCCAAGCCUGCACUCAACAGUUCAAAACCAGAUAUGGAAAGCGAGUGGUGCAUGUGACGGUGACAGUGAACGACACCAUCUUCAACAACUCAACCAAUGGCACCCAGGAGGUCAUGGAAAUCACCCGGGAGGAAGUGAUCCCGGUGCCGGGUCAGGUGAACGGGGUCAAUGCCCUCGGGCUGGUGGUCUUCUCCAUGUGCUUUGGUCUGAUAAUUGGCAACAUGAAGGAGCAGGGCCAGCUCCUGAGGGAUUUCUUCGACAGCCUCAAUGAGGCGAUCAUGCGCCUGGUUGCCAUCAUCAUGUGGUAUGCUCCUAUCGGUAUUCUGUUCCUCAUAGCUGGAAAGAUAGUGGAGAUGGAUGAUCUAACACAGAUGGGUGGCCAGCUGGGCAUGUACACCAUCACCGUCAUCAUUGGCUUGCUGAUCCACGGUGUUCUUAUUCUUCCCACUCUUUAUUUCGUCAUCACCCGGCAGAACCCCUUCAUCUUCAUUGCUGGGCUGCUGCAGGCUCUGGUCACCGCCCUGGGAACCUCGUCCAGCUCAGCGACGCUCCCCGUCACCUUCAAGUGUCUGGAGGAGAACAACAAAAUUGACAAGCGAAUCACGCGUUUCGUGCUGCCGGUGGGCGCCACCAUCAACAUGGACGGAACGGCUCUGUAUGAAGCUCUGGCAGCCCUCUUCAUCGCUCAGGUCAACAAUAUUGAGAUGAACUUUGGUCAGAUCAUCACCAUAAGUAUUACAGCAACCGCAGCCAGUAUCGGAGCUGCUGGCAUCCCUCAGGCCGGCCUGGUCACCAUGGUGAUCGUACUCACCUCUGUUGGACUUCCGACUGACGACAUCACUCUCAUCAUUGCAGUCGAUUGGUUUCUGGACCGUCUCCGCACCACCACCAAUGUUCUGGGGGACUCGAUCGGCGCCGGCAUCGUGGAGUUCUUGUCCCGACACGAGCUCCGCAGCAAAGACGUGGAAAUGGGAAACUCUGUGCUGGAGGAGAAGGAGAGGAAGAAGCCAUACAAGCUCAUCUCACAGGAUAGUGAUUUUGAAAACGAUAAACGCACUCACAGCGAAUCAAACAUGUAGAUCGACCUUCGACAUCUGUCAACAUCCGUCCACACGCAAACACACUGGUUGAGAUCCUGUCCACAACAAUUACUGUCUUUAUUUCUAGAGCCUGACCAAUAUGGAAUUUUUGGAGUAAAAAAAUUAAAGUAAAAUAUAUAUGUUCAUAUCAGCAAAACAUAACGCAGACACCGGUAUUUCUGUGAAAGGCUCAUAUCGUUGGAUAUCACCGAUUAUUUUGUGUCGUGUCCCAGAAGUGAUGAAUUUCUUACAUUCCUCUAUCGUCCAUUAAUUUACGCUUCUGUUCCUGUUUUGAAUGUUUACUACUUAAAUGAAUAUUUCAAAAUAAAACUCUGCAUUACCCUGAUGUGAAGGCGGAGUGAGAGUUGGUAACAGUGAGCUGCUGGAUACAAACACUCAUCGUGAGGAAUUGUUCAAGAAACUAUGUGUUCAGACUUUUACCUUCUGUCGAAUUAAACCAACUUCAAUUCAGAA